AUGGGCAUAAUAUACUACGAAGAGGUUGCGAACAAAGCAUUCUCUGUGGGACCAAAGAAAUUGAAAAGAUUUGCCAAAACUGCCGGUUAUUGUGUUUCCACAUUCCUAUUGAUUACACAAUUCGGCUUUUGCUGUGUUUACGCACUUUUUGUCGCCGAAAACUUACGUCAAGUCUUUAAAGGCUUAUCAAACGAAAAAGUGGACCUGGAGGUUCACAUCUACAUGUUAAUGUUGCUUCCGUUCGUGAUUGCACUGAAUUUUAUCAAAAGUCUGCGAACACUGUCAAUAGCGUCGGCGGCGGCCAAUCUCUUACAAACAACCGGUUUGUUUAUAGUCUUCUAUAAUCUAAUCCAAGAGUUGCCGCACACGUGGGAGAGACCGGCUUUCGUCGAUAUAAAGAAGUUUCCAUUAUAUAUGGGAACCGCUAUCUAUGCGUUCGAAGGCAUCGGUUUAGUGCUUCCCCUCCAGAAGGAGAUGAGAGAACCGGACGCUUUCGGCGGUCCUAUUGGUGUCCUCAACACUGGGAUGACAGUCGUUGCCUGUCUUUACACUGGAGUCGGAUUUUUUGGAUAUUUAAAGUUCGGCGACAAAGUGUUGGGAUCUAUUACUCUGAAUCUUCCGCCCGAACCCCUCUAUGAGACGUGUCGUCUGAUGUUCGCGUUGGCUAUAUUCCUGUCGUACGCCAUCCAGUUCUACGUGCCCUUCAAUAUAAUCUGGCCGUCCGUUCAGUUUCGCUUCAAACUCAAGGCAGACGUCAGGAGAACCCGUGUCAUCGAACUCUUUUUGCGCGGAUUUCUGGUCGCCUCCACCUUCGCAUUGGCCGCAGCCAUCCCACGAUUGGAUCUAUUCAUAUCACUGGUCGGCGCCCUUUCCAGCAGUUGUUUGGCCCUAAUAUUUCCUCCUAUUAUAGAGUUGGCCACCAAAUGGGAUAUGAGGAGAGAAAGGGGUACGAACUGGUGGCUACUCGUCGCCAAAAACACGUCUAUAUUCCUGAUAGGGAUCAUCGGUUUCUUCACCGGAACUGCUGACCCGCGGUUCAGUGCAAUGCUGUCGCAGCCCUUCUCGGGCUCAACACCUCUCGACUUAUUUAAGUUUUAUGUCGAAGAACUCAAAGCCAGAUAUGAAGACGAAAAGCAAUUGAUUAAAGACAUCCUCAAGAGUAAAGACUUUGAGGUGACCAUUGCCACCACUUAUAUAGACUUCGCCACUAUUCUGAGUGAAGACACGAGAAGUGCGACACUCGACGGCGGAAACGUUAAAAUCAUUUACGAGAAGCUCAUCGAAAGAGAGAAGGAGAGGGAAAGGGAGCGAAUCAAAGAGGAACAGAAGAUUAAGCGUAAACUAGAGACCGCUUUCUUAGCUGUAUUGGCAAAACUGGAUCCGCCUAUCGAUGAGGACUCCGAUUGGGAUUCUGUCAGACAUCUCAUUGCCAAUGAAGAGGCUUUUAUGGCUAUUCCUACAGAAGCCGAGAGAAUAACAAUAUUCAAGAGUUGCAUCCGAACUAUGGAGGAGUCGUGUAGUCAUCACCACUCGAAGGCUAAGAAGAGCUUCUAUUCCAACAAAAAGACCGAUAAAUCCAAGAAAAUUAAGAAAAGAUCUCAUUCUUCCUCGUCUUCAUCUUCAUCGUCGAGUGGAGACGAGCGCCGACACAAACGCAGUGAAACCACUAAAAAGGACAGUCGAUCCCAUUCUAGAAGCGAUCGUUCCGCUCAUUCUCACAGCUCUUCCAGUGAUAGCGAAAAGGAGUUUCAGAAAUUCAAACCAAUUCCUCCGCGAAAGCAGUCUUCUGAAUCCGAUGACGAAAGGGCGCGAUUGGAAUCUCCAGAGAAAAGUAAAGCAACGGAAAAGACUUCCAAUGCUAACGAGUCUUUCGACGAUUUGGAAGAAUUGGAGAAACAAAGGAGAAUAUUGUUGCAACAGUUGGCCGCACAUCACACCACCCAAUGA